GAACAACAAUAAAAACUAGAGAGAGCUAAGGUGAGAAGAGGCCUAUACCUUUCGAACUAGGCGUGGAAAACAUCUCACGUUUUUUCCUUCCUUCCUUCCUUCCUUCCUUCCAUUACAUUUCAUGUGCAAUUAGAAACAAAGCAGAGGAAGGGGAAGAGGAAGAAAGAAAAAGAGGCUAGCCAAGAAGGUAUAAGAAGAAAAAGGAAAGGUCCAUUUUCAUAUAAUAAUAAUAAUAAGAAUAUUAUUAUUAUUAUUCAAUUUGGUAUCAUAUCAUAUAUCAAUAUAAUCCCUUCUCAUCCUCUUCCUCCCUCAUUUUUGGUGUUGGGUCUUUCUGAGAUCUGCUAUCUAUUUAGUGGAUCUUCAAUUCCUUGCCUUUUCUUUCUCUUUCUAUAUAUAUAUAUAUAUAUAUAUACACACACACAAAUUAUAUAUAUACAUAUAGCUGUAAAUUGUAAUUUGUGUGAGAGAGAAAAGAGAAGAAAUGGAAAGUGAAAAGAAGAGUUCGUCAGUUUCCGAUGUGGGAGCGUGGGCCAUGAACGUUGUCAGCUCCGUCGGAAUUAUCAUGGCUAACAAACAGCUUAUGUCGUCCAGCGGUUAUGCUUUCGGUUUCGCUACAACCUUAACUGGGUUUCACUUCGCGGUGACUGCGCUGGUGGGUCUGGUCUCAAAUGCGACUGGUUUUUCUGCAUCAAAGCAUGUUCCUUUUUGGGAGCUUUUCUGGUUCUCAAUUGUUGCGAACAUGUCCAUCACAGGGAUGAACUUCAGUCUCAUGCUCAACUCUGUUGGAUUCUACCAAAUUUCAAAGCUUAGCAUGAUUCCGGUGGUAUGCGUCAUGGAGUGGAUACUUCACAGCAAGCAGUAUUCAAGGGAAGUCAAGAUGGCUGUUGUGGUUGUGGUCCUUGGUGUGGGUGUUUGCACUGUCACCGAUGUGAAAGUUAAUGUCAAAGGUUUUAUAUGUGCCUGCGUAGCGGUUUUGUCUACAUCUUUGCAGCAAAUUACAAUAGGUUCCCUGCAGAAGAAGUACUCAAUUGGAUCUUUUGAAUUGUUGAGUAAGACAGCUCCAAUUCAAGCCGCUUCUCUCCUUAUUCUUGGGCCAUUUGUUGAUUAUUUCCUUAGUGGCAAAUUUGUAACAAACUAUAAAAUGUCUACUGGUGCCAUUUUAUUCAUACUUCUUUCGUGCUCCCUAGCAGUAUUCUGCAACAUGAGCCAGUACCUUUGCAUUGGACGCUUUUCAGCCGUUUCCUUCCAGGUUUUAGGUCACAUGAAAACAGUGUGUGUCCUCACAUUGGGGUGGCUCCUCUUCGAUUCGGAGCUAACUUUCAAGAACAUCAUGGGGAUGUUUCUUGCCGUUCUUGGCAUGGUAAUCUAUAGUUGGGCUGUGGAGUCUGAAAAGCAUUCAAAUAACAAGACGCUUCCCCACACGAAAAACAGCCUAACUGAGGAGGAAAUCAGACUUUUGAAGGAAGGUGUUGAAACUGGUCCUGUCAAGGACGUUGAACUUGGUGAGUCUAAAGCAUAGGUUAAUAAACAUAUUUUUGGCCAGCAUUUGGGGGGGUUGGUUUGGGGAAAAAGCUUAUUUGUGGCUAGAAAUUUCAUGUAUUUUUAUGAGUUUCAAUUCAUUUUAUUUUGUAUUUAUUUUUACCUCAUCCAGCGGCAAGACUCGGGAGUUUGUCCGCCGACCAUACACAUCCAUCUUAGAAAUUGUGUUUAUGUUUAAUUUAUAAGUUUUAAUUUAAUUCUUAUGCUCUGUUUAAAUUAAA